UGGUAUGGCUAGAAGAUCAAUACAAUUCUAACCUACAUGUUUCAUAUUCACAUAUUUUCCUGCGUUUCCUUUCUUUAAAGUCAUCUAAUAAGUAAGAAAGAUAAAUUGGAAAAUGAUUUUACCUCUUAGAGGUUAUACAACAUGGACCAAGGUGUUAGGCAAGUCAGACCGCAAAAUCCAAGACGGAAGGCAUCGAUAUGGUCCAUUAUAACGUUUUUUUAUACAUAUCCCAUAUUUAAGAAAGGCAGAAGAAAACCCUUAGACGAUGAAGAUGUAUACGAAGUCAUACCCAAAUUCUCCUCAAAGAAGCUGGGAGACAAUUUGGAAGAUUACUGGGAGUUGGAACGAAAAAAGAAAGGGAAUGAGGCGUCUGUGAUAAGAGUUUUAAUUUCUUGUUUUGCGAAAAAAUAUUUGUUUAUAGGAUUUAUUCAGUUAUGCGUGAAGACUAGUUUAAUAUUAAUUCAACCAUUGGCUUUUUCAAAACUCGUGGCUUACUUCACGCCAGGCCAGACAGAUAUAUCAAGGAAUGAACUCUACAAAUAUGCAGCUGUAGUGAUAGGCUUGAACAUAUUGAGUACUGUAUAUAAUCACAACUACAUACAGUACAUAAUCGAAUACGGGCUUCUUGUAAGGACCUCUUUUUCAUCGCUGAUUUAUAGAAAGGCACUAAAAUUGAAACCAUCAGCGUUUUCUGAUAUAACCAUGGGAAAUAUCGUGACACUGAUCACCAAAGAUGUGGGUGCUUUCGAGGGAGCUCUUACAUUUCUCAACGACGUCUGGAUCGGUGUUAUUCAGACGAUACUCAUUACUUAUCUAAUUUACAUUCGAAUCGGAUGGUCUGUCUUGGCCGGAGUUGGAUUCUUCGUUCUAAUAAUUCCUCUGCAAGUGUAUAUUGGUCAGAAAAAUAGUAAUAACAGACUAAAAUCCGCAAAGAAAACGGAUGAUAGGCUACAAGUGACUAAGGAGGCAUUUUCUGCUAUAAAAAUUAUUAAAAUGUAUACGUGGGAGAACUAUUUUGAGAAAACUAUCAACGAGUACAGGAAAAAGGAAGCAAACACUUUGGCUGUUAUAUUUUAUUUGAAGAGCUUAAUACUGAUCAUAGGUAACCUCGUCUCAAGAGUGUCAAUAUAUCUUUUAAUAAUGACGUACCUAUGGACUGGACAUUUGCUCACAGCAGAAAUAGUGUACUUUGUCCAACAUUCUUACUCCCAACUCAAUUCAUAUAUAACAGUCUCCAUACCAUUUGGUAUAGCACAGACUGCUGAGUUAUACGCAUCUAUGAAAAGGAUACAGAAAUUCCUUAACAGUGAAGAGUUGAAGGAUAAUCAACAAACGAGAAACGUAUCUGAGCCGAAGGUGCUUCUAAGAAACGUUUCAGUCAAGUUAAAAGAUGCAGUGGUACUACAAGAUGCAUCUCUCUCUGUAAAUAAAGGCUUGCACCUAAUAUCUGGCAAUGUAGGAAGUGGAAAAAGUGCCAUACUGAAGGUAAUUAUGAAAGAGUAUCCCAUUACCAAAGGACAGUUGCUAGUUGAAGGUACAAUUUCUUACGCCUCUCAAGAACCCUGGCUGUUCCCGUCGACUAUUAAACAAAAUAUAUUAUUCGGGCAACCUUACAAUGAGAGGAGGUACCAAGAGGUACUGCACGUGUGUGCGUUAACUCUAGACAUAAAUCAGUUUGAACAAGGAGAUCAAACCGUAGUUGGAGACAGAGGAGUAAAUUUAAGUAAAGGACAACAAGCUAGAAUAAAUUUAGCUAGAGCUGUUUAUAAAGAGAGCGACAUUUAUUUAUUAGAUGACUGCUUGUCCGCCGUGGAUACACACGUUAACAUGUUUGUUUUUAAAAACUGCAUAAAAGGAUUUUUGAAAGACAAGAUUGUUAUAUUAGUGACCCAUAACAUUAAUCACAUCAAGCAAGUUUAUGGAAGGAAUGUUUUAUACGUCGAUAAUGGAACCACUUUAUCUAUAGAUAAACAAAAGGAAACUUUGGAUAAAAGAAUUACUUAUUAUAUUGAUGAUGUCGACUUUGAUUACUUUGAAGGUGAAAAAGAUGAAGACCUUGUUCAUUUAGAAAAACACGAAGAUGAUGAAAGCGCGCUGCUAUUGCAGGGAAAUGGUAUAAACCAAAAAGUAAAAGAUUUAUAUCAUGAAGAGAAGAAAUCAGGAAAAGUAAAGUUAAGUGUAUACUAUCGAUACUACAAGUACACUGGUGGAAUUCUGGUUCUUCUGCUCAUUAUUGCUCUUUUUGUCGUUGGUCAAGCAGCAAUGGCGUACACAGAUAAGUUGUUAAGUCAAUGGUAA